AAACCUGAACUUGUUACUACACUUGGAACAUCACCAAAACCUGAACCUGUUACUACUCCAGUAACAUCACCAAAAUCUGAACCUGUAACUACACCUGGAACAACCCCAAAACCUGAACCUGUUACUACAAUGGCAACAUCACCAAAACCUAAACCUGUUACUACACCUGAAACAACACCUAAACCUGAACCUGUUAUUAGACCUGAAACAUCACCCAAACCUGAACCUAUUUCUACACCAGCAACAUCACCAAAACAUGAGCCUGUGACAACACCUGGAGCAACACCAAAACCUGAACUUGUUACUACACCAGCAACAUCACAAAAACCUGAAACUGUUACUACACCUGGAACAACACCAAAACCUGUUCCUGAUGCUACACCGGCAACAUCACCAAAACCUGAACUUGUUACUACACUGGCAACAUCACUAAAAGGUGAACCUUUUACUACACCUGGAACAUCACCAAAGCCUGAACCUUUUACCACACCUGGAACAACACCAAAACCUGAACCUGUUACUACACUGGCAACAUCACCAAAAACUAAACCUGUUACUAUACCAGCAACAACACCAAAACCUGAACCUGAGACUACACCAGCAACAUCACCAAAACCUGAACCUAUUUCUGCACCUGGAACAUCACCAAAACCUGAACCUGUUACUACACGGGCAACAACACCAAAACCUGAACCUAUUACGACACCAGCAACAUCACCAAAAUCUGAACCUGUCACUACACCUCAAAUAUCACAAAAACCUGAACCUGUUACUACACCGCCAACAUCACAAAAACCUGAACCUAUUACCACACCUGGUACAUCACCAAAACCUGAACCUGUUAUUACACCGGCAACAUCACCAAAACCUGAACUUGUUAUUACACCAGCAACAUCGCCAAAUUUUGAACCUUUUACUACUUCAGCAACAACACCAAAACCUGAAACUGUUACUACACCAGCAACAUCAAAAAAACCUGAACCUGUUACUACAUCAGCAACAUCACUAAAACCUGAACCUGUUACCACACCUCAAAUAUCACCUAAACCCGAACCUAUUACUACACCAGCAACAUCACCAAAACCUGAACCUGUUACCACACCUCAAAUAUUACCUAAACCCGAACCUAUUACUACACUUGGAACAUCACCAAAACCUGAAACUGUUACUACACCUGGAACAACACCAAACCCUGUUUCUGUUACUACACUGGCAACAUCACCAAAACCUGAACUUGUUAUUACACCUGGAACGUCACCAAAAUCUGAACCUGUUACUACAUCACCAAAACCUGAACCUGUUAUUACACUUAGAACAUCACCAAAACCUGAACCUGUUACUACACCUGGAACAACACUAAACCUGAACCUAUUGCUAUACUUGCAACAACACCAAAAUCUGAACCUGUUACAACACCUGGAACAUCACCAAAACCUGAACCUGUUACUACAUCUGGAAUAA